UGAUAUUCAAAGCACUUGCGGCUCGUCUGCAGCGGUAGGAGAAAAGAGGAGAGAAAGAGAGAACCUCACCUCCUCAAGCAGCGAGUGAGGUAGGGAAAAAAGACAGAAAGCGGCAGAGAGAGUGAGCGAGAGGAAGAGGGGAGGCUGUGGAGUAAAAAGAAAGACACCAGCGACUUGGACCUCCAGCGGGGAGUGUUUAAUUGUCUGCGCUUUAUUGUAAAGUGUCUAAUUUCCACACAAAUUCAACAUGUCAUCGUCCGGUAAAGACAACAGCGGUGCCCAACAUGCCAAUUACGUGGGACCUUACCGUUUGGAGAAGACGCUCGGGAAAGGACAGACAGGGUUGGUAAAGCUGGGAAUCCACUGUGUAACAUGCCAGAAAGUUGCCAUAAAGAUUGUCAAUCGUGAGAAACUCAGUGAGUCAGUACUAAUGAAGGUGGAGCGAGAAAUAGCUAUUCUGAAGCUCAUAGAACACCCGCAUGUUUUAAAGCUACAUGAUGUCUACGAAAAUAAAAAAUACUUGUACCUUGUGCUAGAACAUGUGUCUGGUGGUGAGCUGUUUGACUACUUGGUGAAGAAAGGCAGGUUAACACCUAAAGAGGCCAGAAAAUUCUUCAGACAGAUCAUGUCUGCCCUGGAUUUUUGCCACAGUCAUUCCAUAUGCCACAGGGAUCUGAAGCCUGAGAACCUGUUGCUAGAUGAAAAGAACAACAUCAGGAUAGCAGACUUCGGCAUGGCCUCCCUUCAGGUUGGAGACAGUCUACUGGAAACCAGCUGCGGAUCUCCACAUUACGCUUGUCCAGAGGUCAUCAGGGGAGAGAAGUAUGACGGGAGGAAAGCAGACGUCUGGAGCUGUGGGGUCAUUCUAUUUGCCCUGUUGGUGGGUGCACUACCGUUUGAUGACGACAACCUGAGGAAUCUGCUAGAGAAGGUGAAGUUGGGUGUGUUUCACAUGCCACAUUUCAUCCCUCCAGACUGUCAGAACCUCCUCCGUGGCAUGAUUGAAGUGGAUGCCACCAAAAGACUAACGUUAGAACAGAUCCAGAAGCACACAUGGUACAUAGGGGGGAAGAACGAACCAGAGCCAGAGCAGCCAGUGCCCAGGAAGGUGACCAUCCGCAGCCUGCCCUCUGCAGACGACAUUGACCCAGACGUACUGGACAGCAUGCACUCCCUGGGCUGCUUCAGAGACAAAAACAAACUACUGAAAGACCUGCUCUCAGAUGAUGACAACCAAGAAAAGAUGAUCUACUUCCUGUUACUGGACCGUAAGGAAAGGUACCCCAGUCAGGAGGACCAGAACCUUCCCCCUCGCAACGAGAUUGAUCCCCCAAAGAAGCGGGUGGACUCUCCCAUGUUAAACCGCCAUGGCAAGAGGAGACCAGAGAGGAAGUCCAUGGAGGUCCUCAGUGUCACAGACGGAGGCUCGCCUGUACCGGCAAGGAGGGCUAUCGACAUGACACAGCAUGGACAGAGGUACGCAUGGAGGUCGCGGUCUAUUAGUGGAGCCUCGUCCGGCCUCUCCACCAGCCCCCUCAGCAGCCCACGGGUUACCCCUCACCCUUCCCCCCGAGGCAGUCCCCUCCCCACCCCAAAGGGCACCCCGGUGCACACUCCCAAGGACAGCCCGGCCGGGACCCCCACCCCAACACCGCCCCCAAGCCCUUCCAUCGGAGGCAUGCCUUGGAGGACGCGCCUCAACUCCAUAAAAAACAGCUUCCUGGGCUCACCACGCUUCCACCGCAGGAAACUCCAAGUUCCCACACAAGAGGAGAUGUCCAGCCUCACACCAGAGUCUUCCCCAGAACUUGCCAAAAAAUCCUGGUUUGGUAACUUCAUCAACCUGGAAAAAGAGGAGCAGAUCUUCAUUGUCAUCAAAGACAAGCCUCUCAGCUCCAUCAAGGCAGACAUCGUUCAAGCCUUUCUCUCGAUCCCCAGCCUGAGCCACAGUGUGAUCUCCCAGACCAGUUUCCGAGCUGAGUACAAGUCCACAGCCGGCCCUACAGUCUUCCAGAAGCCGGUCAAAUUCCAGGUGGAUAUCACCUACACGGAGAGCACAGCUGCCACUAAGGAGAAUGGCAUCUACUCUGUCACCUUCACCCUGCUCUCAGGACCCAGCCGACGCUUUAAGCGAGUAGUGGAGACGAUUCAGAGCCAAUUGUUAAGCACACAUGACCAGCCAGGGGUCCAACAGCUGUCUGGCAGCCCAUUGAGUAACUUCUUUGACGUAAUAAAACAACUUUUUUCAGACGAGAAGAACGGACAGGUGCCCUACCCCUCUGGCACGCCCACCAAGCACCGCCCCUCACCCAUGCACGUCCGGAGGCACGAGCCAGAACAUAAUGACACCAAAUGCCCCGCUGCGGGCCGAGACAGAGCCAGGUUGUCGGUGGCAUCUGUGGGGACACAGGAGGAGUCUUAGACCGAAAGGCUACGUUGUCAUACCAGUGCUAAAACCCAUCCCAGUAUUGGUAUAAGCCAGUGGCACAGAGAGAGAAUAUCUGUACAUAGCUAGAUGUACAUAAUCAUUUAUGGAAAAUUUUUUUGUAUAAAAUAACUUUAUAUAGAUAGAAAUAUAUUAAGAAAAUCAAAGUGAUAUUUUACAAACAGCAUACUGCACUUACUGCACAUGACAAACACACACCCCUGUCCUACCACUCACCUUUUCAUUAUCCCUCAGCGUCCACCAUCAUCAUUUACCCCUCUACCCCAAACAUCUAAUCACCUGUGGCCCUUGCUCUGUUUUUUGCUUCCUUGCUGCUGUGUGAUGACCUGACUUGUUUCUGAUACCAGGAAUUAUCCAGAAAACCUAUUAAGCCCCUACGCCUGCUCCCUGCUCCGUUCGCCUUCCCUCCACCACCCCUCCAAAACCCCCCCUUGAGAGAGAGAUGGACAUUUGUUGACGGAGGACUGCUUUUAGAGGUGCGCUGAAAAGGGGGGGUGGUUACCAUGGAAACAGAACAUUCAUGCAGACUUCUACCUUCAUCUCCCUCUACGCCCCUUCUCCACCUCUGGCAGCCAUCAGUAGAAGUAGAUGAAAAUACCUUCAGUGUUCCCCCAUCUUAGAAACACACACACACACAAACAACUAAUCCACACAAUGAAACGCACACUCCCUUCACUAACCGACCCCUUUCCUCUGAAGGAGCAUUGCAUCAAUUGGAUAUGAGCAUUUUACAAAGAGACACUACAUACACAAUAUAUUUACAAUGCAUACAUGCACAGGUCCAGUAUGCACAGAGAACUCUGGGAUGUUUUAACAAGAACAUGAACAACAACAGCCGAAAGAAGACAUGCAGAAACUGACUGAUUCAGAGGAGAGAAGGGGGAGGAGUUUUGUGAAAAGCCCAAACAGCCGACACGGAUGCUUGCUGGAUUGUAUUUGUUUGCUUUUUAAUGUACUUUCUUUGUGAAGAACUGGGUUUAAAAUACUAACUGACUUUAUUACACUUAUACGAUUGCUGCAAAUGGACUGGAAUUGUGAUUUCAGAGAGGAGCUGGGUGUGAGCAGAACAGGGCAGAGGGGAGAUGAUA